AUGGCCACCAACCACACUCUUUCGCUGUGUGUUGAUCCGAAAUAUGUCUUCGAAUCUUUUGAUAAUCUCGGCAACUGCUACAAUACAGUCGGGGAUACAUUAAGCUCCAACUUUACCAAUGUUGUGGAAACGUGCCUGAACGAUUAUUGCAAGAACCCAUACCCUGAUCUAGGUGGGUGUGGGGAUUGGCAUGGUACGAUAUCCCUUCCAUUCGUUAUAAAUACCACGCAGGGCAGCCAAUACUUUUGGAACAAUGCCACCUGCACCGGGGUCAGUGAUGGAGUCAAUGCGGACAUUGGAGGACCUGGUGUCUUCGUCUCCUACUUGCUGCAACUAGGAAUAAUCUUCUAUUUCUGGAUCCUCCUUCGCUCAUUUCGCGUCUUCCCAAUCCUAACCUCCUUCUGCACCAGAAGAAAGAAAACUCACGACCGGGCAUCUUCCACAAACAAAACCAAAGGGAACGUCAUCACCAAAACACAACAUUUCUUCAACCAGCACGACCGCAUCACAAAGGUAAUCCUCGUCGAAUUCCAAGAAGCCCAAUGCUUCUUCAUGCUCGCUUCACAAUCCGCGAUUCUGCUUGCGAAGAAGUCAACUACUAUUUUCGAAUCAAACACCAUGCCCUCCCUCUGGGCAAAUAACGGUAUUGCAGGGGUUGUUUCCAGUGCUGGUGUAUUGCCGAUUGUCAUGGGGAUGUGGAGUCUCCAGAAAAUGCAUCUGACAGAACCCUGGAUCUUUCUUUUGUCUGUUACCACCAUCAUUGUAUCUGAGUUUGCGCUGUACUGGACGCACGAGACUCCAUCGGUUGGUCAAAUUAGUCCAUUUGACUAUAAUGGAUGGCCGGAAAGUUGUGGUGGGUAUGCGCCGCCGUUGAUUUACUGUGUGGAUCCGGCCGUGGAAUCAUCCCUAAGGGUCCCCCUCCUCUUAUUCUGGGAGGUGCUUAAUCCGUACUGUUUGACCGUAUUUGGAUUGGAUGUCAUAUUCUGGUUUUGGCCAUAUGUUGUUAGGAUGGUGGAUGUUGAGGGCGUUUAUCAAUGGACUUGCGCUCGUCUCGGGCUCCGCAAUUUCCCGUCCAAAGUUCGACGACUGCUUGAUUCGACUUGGGGAGAAUGGGUCAAGAGGCUACCCAGUCUCCUCACAUUCUGCGUCGAAGCGCUCUUUCUCGCAGCUGUAUUUCUGGAAUGUAUGUGUUUUGCCGAGUUUGGGCACCUCAGAGUGAUCGACUUUUCGGGUUGGGGUUUUGGCCAAAUUGUUGCGUUGGCCAUAUGGUUCCCCGUGGCUAGCAAAUAUGCAUAUCUGGUUUUAUUUGGCACCGAAUCUUACUCGCAAGCUCGCAUGCCCAAGUCUGAUCACACCGAUAAGGAUAAAGAUAUAACGAACAAAGGCGCCGAUGAUGUUGAAUUGGCACCUCUGCGGUCCACCGAUAUCAUCCAACACAAAGCCCAGGAUAGACAUGAGGCUGGUCAAUGA